AUGGAGUACUUACAAGUACACGCUGUUGUGUUACCUGAAAUUACCAACAAUAUACCUUCUGCCCCUUUGUCACAGGAAAUAAUUAAACAUUUCGAGCACUUGAAUUUGGCUGACGAAACAUUUCAUAUUUCUCAACCAAUAGAUAUUCUCCUAGGUGCUGAUACUUAUUCUAUCGUUUUUGAACGUGACGGUCGUGUUUCGUCUCCUGGAUAUCCUACUGCCGUAAAUACAUUUUUCGGUUGGACAAUCAUAGGUCCCAUAAAUGAAAUGUGUUCCUCUAAGAAGUCAGUACUUUUGACUAAAUCUGAUCUCAGCGAACAGAUGCAAAAAUUUUGGUCGUUGGAAGAAGUUGGAGAAACUAAUAUUAUAGAUCCUGUAGAUGAUUACGUGGAAAAACAUUUCGUAUUUACUCAUUUACGUGACGAAAGUGGUCGCUAUGUAGUGUCAUUACCAUUCAAGUUGGAUAAUCCAAAUCCAGUGCUUUCUUUUAAUUCAAAAAGAUCAUUGAAAUCUUACUUCUCUCUCGAAAAUCGAUUGAUGAAAGACGAAGCUUCCUUGAAUUUAUAUAACGACUUUAUGUCAGAAUAUUUGAAAUUGAAUCAUUUGUCACGUGCCAAAACUUCCAAUAGUUAUGUGAUACCGCAUCAUGUUGUUCGUAAAGACUCUAGCUCAACCACGAAGCUGCGAGUUGUAUUUAACGCCUCAGAUUUAGAUAGUUUGGGUAAAUCGUUGAAUGAUAUGUUGUUGGGAGGUCCCAAAUUACAGAAAGAUAUUCAAAUAAUUUUACUUUCAUUCAGAAUGUAUCCUAUAGUAAUUUGUGCAGAUAUAGAGAAAAUGUACAGACAAAUUCUAGUAUGUCCUUCAGACCGCAAAUUUCAACAUAUAUAUUGGCGUUCAUCCCCGGAUCAGCCUGUAACAGAAUUCGAAUUGAACACCGUCACUUAUGGUUUGAAACCUUCGGCGUUCUUGGCUUUACGAGUGUUGAAACAACUCGUAUUUAACGAGGGAAAGGAUUUUCCUAGAGCAUCUAAAGUUUUAGAUGAUGAUAUAUAUGUCGAUGACAUUUUAACCGGUGCCUUUAAUUUUCAGGAAGCUAUCGAACUGCGUGAUGAGCUUCAGGAAAUGUUGAAGAAAGGCGGAUUUUCUUUGAAAAAGUUUUCGAGCAACUGUCUCGAUAUUUUGCAUGACCUGCCCCCUGAUCAUAUUGAGGCUAAGUUAGAUUUUAACGAUGAUAGCAAGGGAAUAAAAAUUUUGGGUUUGAGUUGGAUUCCAGCAAUAGAUUCUUUCAUUUUUAAUGUAAAUGAAUUCAAUGAAAAACCAAGUAAACGUUCAAUUUCAUCCUACAUUGCACGUAUAUUCGAUCCAGUGGGCUUUUUAUCACCUAUUGUAAUUUCAAUGAAGCUUUUAAUACAAAAAUUAUGGUCGGAAAAACAUGAUUGGGAUGACCCCUUGUCAGAUGCUUGUCAUGGUGACUGGUCGAGAAUAGUGAAUGAAAUUCAGUUGCUAUCAAAUAUUAAAAUUCCACGGUCAAUUAUUUCUGCUCCUGAAAGUAGCGUUAUAUUAGCGGGAUUUUUUUUAUUUAUUUAUUUAUUUAUUUAUUUAAUAACUACACCCAUCUACAGCCUAAGCCAAUUACAGAAUGGGGAAAAAUACAAAAUUACAAUAAACAAUACAAAAUAGUAUAUAUACAGAUAGCUUCUUAAAGAAAUUGCGACUCUAAAACAGCCCUUUUUAUAUCAAAAUGAGUACAGCAAAAAAUGUCUAAAAUAUUCUGAACAUUG